GCUGCCACGUAUAUCCGACAAGAAAAGUGUGGAUCGCGACAUUUGACGCUAAACAUUAACAGCGGGUUGUUUUUUAAUUUAGAAUUGUGAUAAGAGUGAUUGAGUGUCUGUAAUCCAUGUGGACCACUUGGUGUGCACUCGAUGAAAAAUUUUAUUCUGGCGGCCGGUCGCGGCACGCAUUAAAACAUGUUCAGCAAAAAACUUCACGUAGACGUCAAAAAGUCAACCCACAAGAUCCAGGACGUUAAAAAAGAUAGUGCCACGAGGUUCAAGCAUCUAAAAAUUGUUUUAGAUAAUGUGGAUAUCGAUGAAGCAAAAGGUUUCUUCGAAGGAAAUUUCAGUCACGUUUACUUCAUUUUAUACGACUGUUUUGUCUCAGCUGAAGCAAAUCUUCGUCAACGUGAACUUUCCUUCCAUCUUGUGCACAAGGUACAUAGAGAGGAAUUAGAGCAAGUUUUACAACUCUUGGAAAAAGUAUUAACACUUUUGCCAGAAUUACUCAACAGAAGAUGGCAAUGUCACAGUUUAGCCAGAAUUUUGCACAAGCUGUUGCAUCCAGGCAACAGUUGGAAACUUCGCCGACAGGCUAUAAGGUACUUUAUUCUAUGGUACCAAGCAUUGGGAGACAACGCUCCGGAUCACAUUCACCAGAUGUUUGCUUGUCUAGUGCCUGGAUUUCCUCCACGACAACCGUCGCCCUACAAAUCAGAAAGAAAGUCAGAUGGAAAAAAUUCUCGAACAACACCAAAAGCAAAUUGCGACGAGAAAGAUAGAAGAGAUUUUUACGACACACAAUUAUCGGAGACAAUUUUUCACGACGGAAAUAUAAAUCAUGGACCGAUAAGUCAGGUCGACGGAGGUCCAAUUUUACCACCUCAAAGUGGAGAGAAACCUCUCGAUAAUGAAACAGUUCAAUUUUUGGAAGCCUUAAUGGAAUUCAUGGUCACUCAGGUAGUGAAAGUAGAAUGGAGAGAUAAACAUACGCGACAGUAUAAAUCCUUUCAGUUUUUACUCGAACGAUUUAAAGCCACCUAUCUUCGUUACAUUUGUCCGGAUUUUAGUGACAAUUUUUCUCUCUACAAACCAAACUUGGAAUUGCCAAUGAUGCGUAAGCCAACUAAUCAGAACGAUAAUUAUAUUCUCUGUAAGGUAGCUCUUAUCAAAUGGAUUGCAAGUUACACUCACGUCACCAAAAAAGAGGGCCCUUUCGCUCAACUCUCUCAAAGUUCAACGUCCAAUGAUGAAAGUGCAGAACCAGAUUUACGUCGCGUUUCCGUUCAUCAAAAUUCAACAGACUCAAAUUUACUAUCGCCCGAAUCAAAUCCAAGUCAACAUGAAAGUUUGAGUCAAGAGGACAGUGCCUUAUCGGCAGUAGCCUUAGUUCGAGAAGUUUUAUACGGCAACCGGGAUAAUGUGAAUUUCAUUCACGAAUUGUAUCGACAGGCAUUUUUAUUAGAUUUCACGCACGCUGGAGCAAUUCGCAAAGCGAUUGGCGCAUAUAAAGACUGGAUACAAAUGAAUGAGAUUCCACCGUUUAUGUUGGAGCCACUAGAUGGACAUAGGGAAAGAGAUUUAGAAGACUGUCAUAAAAGAGAAGAAGCUGACAAAAGUCCUCAGGAAUAUCAGAGGCACACUCGACUCCGAAAUGAUUCUUAUUUAGGAGCAAUUCAUCGAGAAAAUUUAUUUGUUAGAGCCGGAUUGCAAAGUGUUUUGCAAGUAUUUAUUACUCAAGCGUCCAAUGUUUUUUUCUUAGAAUCAGUUGGAGGUAAUGCGUCCGCAUCGCUUUUAGAGGAGCAAAUUGAUAGUUGCAAAAGAGUUUUAAACGUAUAUCGUUACGUUGUCAUGCACACCAGACUCGAACCCUCCACCUGGGAGCAGCUCCUCAGGGUAUUGUUACAAAUAACAUCCUUGGUUCUUAGCGGGAAAAAGCGAAAGAAUCACGAAAGUAUCGGCGGAAAAUUGGCGCCUGCAAUUUUCCAAACACUAAUAGUCACGUGGAUAAAAGCUAAUUUAAAUGUUGUUAUCUCCACACAACUCUGGGACCAGUUCCUUCAAGUUUUAACCUCCUUAACACAAUGGGAAGAUCUAAUUCGCGAAUGGGCGAAAACUUUGGAUACACUGACGAGAGUCCUCGCGAGACACGUUUACAAUCUAGAUUUAAAUGAUUUACCAUUGGAUAGAUUAAGUGAGCAAAAAUCGAAAAAACGCCGAGGUGUUGGAUGUCGUGCGGCAUCCACAGGAAGUGUUCAACCUCCCAGACGAGGAAGCGUUGGUCAAGAGGUUAAUCAAUCUUCUAAAGAUUGUACCACAGAUCAUCCAUUCCGGGAAUUACGAAAAGUUCGUCCACUGCCACGAAGUGUUAGUGACAACAGUCUUUACAUAGGAAAAUCGCGGAUAAAAUCCCACAGAACUCGACAUACGACAAUUCCUUCAGAAAUUCCGAUUCUUCCCUUGUCCAUAGAACAAGACAUGGCGAGAUUAUUAGCAAAUAAUUCAGAUACAUCGAGUGGAAAAAGAUUGAUCAGCAGACGUGCUAAAUCAUUGGACAGUGUCAUCAUGGUUGAUAGUGAACCGUCAUCACCACGUUGUCCUUCUCCAACGCCAAGCAGCGGAGUCGAUAGUAACAAGGAUAGUCCCAUUCAGAUAGAAAAUAUUGAUGGUAGCAGUAUUGAUACAAAUGACGCGUCUGAGAAAAGAUCGGUUAUGGCGGGUGGUGGUGUUCGAGGAUGGUUACCCGACGUGGCUGUUGUUUUAUGGCGAAGAAUGUUAUCAGCUCUGGGUGAUGUUAAUAAUAUUGAGGAUCCUUCACUUCAUGGACAAGUUAUGGAUUAUCUUGUUCAGCUCGCGCAAACUCUUAUAAAAAUACGAUUAAAUCAAGGAGUUUCCGGCGACAACCAAGUGACACCUCCAGCCCCAGAACUGAUCCCUCCUUUAACAGUAAUAGCUCCCUGGUGUUUUAAGGCUAUUCAAUUGCCACCGCAAUACGAAGUGGGAAAAUUAGCAGCCUAUCGUCUAAUUUGUCUCUUGACAAUCCAACCACUUGAUAUCAGUUUGCCAAAAUCACACUUGACACUUUUUUAUCGAGCCGUACACAAUGGAAUUUCAAGUAACGACACUAAAGUUCUUCACGCUUUGGUCAAAUACACAGGACCGAGAUUAUUCAGUUUAAAUCUUCCUGGCUCGAGUCUUUUGAUUCUCGACUACAUACAGGCAGCAAAUGUCAUUCUCAGCAGUCAAGAUCUCGAGGCACCAAGAACGGAAGCGGUAUCAAUUCUUGGAUCGUUAUUAUCCUUGCCGAGCACAGCAUCAAAAUUACCGGUCUUACAACCUGACAGAACGGAUAUUCUAACGACAACUUGUCCCUUUGCAAAGGAUCAUAUUGUGUCAAUUUUAAUGCGAAGUUGUAAAAGAGAGCCAACAGGUGUUGCGAGAUGCAUUGCUCUUUCCAGUAUCGCAAUGUUUAUUUAUCGAGAACUGUCCAACAAAUCUCAACACCGAACUAUUCCCGAAGCUAUAAUGCUUCUUCUUUUAGCACUCAGGACGACUCACGCAACUGUAGCACAAGUGGCAUGUGACUGUCUUCUUUUACUCUGCGACAAAGCUGACAUUCUACUGGAAUUAUAUCCAAACAUGCCGGCAAAAAUAAUUCAGAACUUAUCGGAAACUUUGGGUCGAACAACAAUACCAGAAAGGCGUAGCGCUCUAACGAUAUCAAUGCUAUUUUGUUUGGGUGAAUGGGCCAUGCAUCUUGGUCCAAAUCUCCUUCAACAAGUUCAUCAAGGGAAAUCACUUCUAUUAACUUUAUUCACAGUUUUGGACAAUAUUGUACAAAACAAGAGUAGCAAAAAUCUGCAAGAAAAUAAGAGCAGCGAAUUUGAAGAUUUCGAUCCUAAUAUCACUUUAGAUAAUCUAGCCUAUGAAUCAUCUUCUAAAUCUCCACGAAGAGGGAAUUAUCAAUCUGUUCAACUAGCAGCUAAGAUGGUGAUGAUGCACCUAGUGAAUCAUCUCGGACAUUUUCCAAUGGGAAUUGGCGCAGCGCGUUUAUCAUCUUUAGUCGUGGAACUUGACGAUGUUCCAGGAAUAGACAGCGAUGAACUUUCAUCGGCAGUAUUUCAAGCCCCGAACAUUCAAAUGUUAAUGCUUUCAAGUUCCGUGAUAAUGUCCUUAAUCGAAUUAGAAACACUUGAUGCACCAGGAGGCGGUGUCACUGCCGGUUUGACAACAGCUCCCUGCGUCGUGAGAGUUUUACUAAGAGACCUAACAGGCAAAGCCUCCUGGGACAGUUCUAUUUUAUACAAUCAACCAACAAGCGAUGAAGACAUCAUAAUGCCUGGAAUAAAGUCAGUCGAUUGGGGAUUAAGAACAGAAAAAGAAGAAUUAACGAGUGUACUGCCAGCAGUAAGUUGUCCUCCACGUCACACAAUGAGACAUCGAGAACCUCACAUUUUACCGACCUUUGCGAAUGCCGCUAGUGAUAUGGAUAAUUUAGACGAUUUGCUUCAAUAUAUUGGGCACACCAGUCCGGAAGUGUUGACAAAUCCUGAACUAGCACUAAAUUCACCUGCUAAUUCACCGCAGGGUCAGCAUCUCGAAAGCGAAACAAUUGCCACUAUUCUCAGUCAACGCAAUUCUGAACGAGAGCACAUUAACAACUGGAAUCAGCACAUCAGUAUGUGUGCUUCUCCAGUGAAUCCGCCAGUGUGUCGUCUCCCACCACCUCCAUUUCAUCAUUGUCGUUUGCUUUUUUCGCAUUUGGGUCUAUCCGGUUGGGAGCAAAGGCGAAGACUUCAUAUUCUAUCGAAAAAUGAGAAAUUACUUCGCGAAUUACGAAAUCUGGAUAAUCAACGAUCGAGAGAGACUCAUAAGAUGGCAGUAAUUUAUGUGAGUCAUGGCCAGGAGGAUAAGAAUUCAAUUCUGAGCAAUGUAACUGCCAGUAAAGAAUACGAGAAUUUCGUCGCAAGAUUAGCUUGGGAAGUUGAACUCGAAUCUCAUACGGGUUUCCUCGGAGGACUUAUACCAGGCAAAGCUUCUGGCUUAACAGCUCCGUAUUUUGCCACCUCCUUUUCCGAAGUGCUUUUCCAUGUCGCCACAAGAAUGCCUUCCGAUAGUCCGGAAAGCCUCUUGCAAAAGACGAGACAUUUAGGUAACGAUGAAAUCCACAUUGUGUGGUCAGAACACUGGCGAGACUAUCGUCGCGAUAUAAUUCCCACGGAAUUCUGUGACGUAUUAAUAGUCAUCUAUCCACUUCCCAAUGGUCUAUAUAGAGUUCAAAUAUCCCGAAAAUCAGAAAUACCAUUCUUUGGACCCCUAUUCGAUGAGUGCAUCGUGGAAGAUGAAAUUCUACCCGGAUUAGUGAGAACCACAGCUUUGGCAGCUAGUCGAGCUAAAAGAUCGACUCUCAGUCUUUAUCAACACUACUAUGAGGAGAGGGCGCGAUCAAUUGACACAGUGACAAAGAAUCACAAAGAACCAAUGACCUUUGAAGAAUUCGCGGCUAAUGUUUACUCUCCUAUUCAACCACAAAGUCCAUUCAGUGGAUCAUCAUCCGUCUCGGGAUCGACAAUGAGCGUACAGUCUGCGGCAUCAUCGAAUUUAGCUGCGGCGCUCAUAGAUUCUAAUCAAGGCAGAUCAGGCCUUCGAAGCAGUUCAACGGCAAGCAGUGAAAAUCGCGCCAACAGAGGUGACUAAUUCAGUCCAUUAACCCCCACAUUCACCCCGUUAACACCACUUGGCAAUUUCGGACGGAAGUCGAGUUUGGUUUAGCAGUGACACGCAAGAAAACACUCUACACGGAAUAUCACCAAGACCGGUGAAAAAAAUGUCUUUCAAAAGUGGCCCGAAAUUACGGGGCACUUCACAACCUACACCACCUGAUAGUCCACGGUACACAUGAAGAAGGGUUACAAAUAUUUUUAGCGCUUAUUAAUAAACUGUUCAACUCAG